AUGAGUGGGAAGACAAUAUUCGUGACUGUUGGUACUACUCACUUCGAUGCUUUAAUUCAAGCGAUUGUUGAGGAAGAAACAUUGGCUAUUUUACGAGAAAAAGGCUACACCAGAGUUAACCUUCAGAUUGGGCAGGGAAAAUUUGUUCCCCCAGAAGGUGAACAUUGGGGAAUCACAUUGACUCAUUUUCGACUGAAACCAUCUAUUGCAAUGGAUUUUGCUAAUGCAGAUCUUGUGAUAAGUCAUGCAGGUUCUGGCUCUUGCCUGGAAGCAUUAGGUGCUGGUAAACCUCUGGUGGCAGUGGUGAAUGACACACUCAUGGCCAACCACCAAACAGAGCUAGCAGAGGAACUUGCCAGUAAUGGAUUUUGCUAUUACUGUUACCCAGCCACACUGCAAGAAAUGCUUGCUGACAUGGAUGUUUCCCUGCUCAGAUCCUAUGUUCCAGGUCAACCCAAACUCUUAGCACAGUAUUUGAAUUCUGUCAUUAAAUUAGCUUCAUAG